GAUCAGUUCACGUGUAUAUCUUGAUUGAAAAAGAUAAGAAAAGUCAAAAGUUCAUCAUGAAAAUCACAAUAUUCUUUGUAAUGUUCAGCAUUAUUGCCAUUGUCUCGGCAUUACCUGCCCCAGCACCGCUUCCAAAAGAAGAAAGAGUCGAUGCUAAUGACGACGUUGAAUUAUUGAAAGACAGCGAUGGAAGUGACAAAGAUUUGAAAGGAUCUGAAUCAGCUUAUUACGGAUAUUACAGCGGUUACCCCUACGGCGGUUAUUCCAGUUACUAUUAUCCAAGCUAUUAUUCAAGUGUCUACCAUACUUCUCCUUAUUAUUCCGUCUCUUAUCGUCCCUACAGCUACUGGUGGUAAACCAAAAAUCACUGAAUUAGACGAACGUUUCUAAUUUUUAUUGUGAUUAAAUUGUUAUUUUUUGCAAAAAUAAAAAAUAUUUUAUAAUGAAAUGAGAACUGUUGCACAUCUGUGAAGCCAUCUGUGGAAAAACAUCUGAAA